UUUAUGGCCAUCGUAACGACCUACUGCUUCACCCCAUCAUCCGCCUUCAGCUAUGAAGAAUCGGACGACAAGGGCUCGACAACCAGGAACGAAACAAACGAUAUCCCACCAGUGUACCAAGCGGAAGGCAUCUUCAGCUACGCCGAUGAACCGCCCACAUCACAGUCUUUCGUCCUCAAUGGCAAGCUCUUCUGCUAUAAAUGCGGCGCCUAUCAGAACACGGAUGGAGAUCAUUUUGACAGCACCCUGGAUGACUGCAUGUUCAGGGCAGCGGAGACGGCUUACUCUGAAGAAUGCCCGAACAGGAUAAUGAAUAUGACGUCUUACGGUCCAGCGUGUUACGUAAACAAGAUGAUGGCGGCAGGGCACAUCACCAGCUUUUCAAGAGGAUGUAUGGUCCACUACGACUGCCAAAGUAUGGACUACUGUGAAUCGACGGUCAACAGGACCGGUGCUUGUCAGUCAUGCUGCAGGGAGGACUACUGUAACAGAGCUGCCGGUGAGUGCCUGCCAAGAGUCGAAGUCUUCAAGCUCCUUACCCUCACGCUCUUCUCCUACCUGUUCUUUGUCAGAUAGCGGAUCAGCCAAGAGGGCCUCGGACUCACAGAGAAAUACAGACUCACUUCAUGAGAAGAUGGACACUCUUUUGGUGUUCUGUUUUGGUAUAUGCAUUUUGGAAGUUUUUGAUUCGGAUCCAAUGUGCGUAUGGAAUUUCGAACUCAUCGUCUGAUCGAAACGCGACUUCACUGAAGAAUGCUUUGGUUUCAAUCAAUGGUGGAGGAAUUCCUGAUUAUUACGGUUGUGUUUAGUUGGGUUACCUUGUUGAAACACAGAUCAGGACCCCGAUGUCAUUAUUUCUCUUUUUGUAUCAAUGAACGGCGAAAAGCAGCGCAAACUUUGUGACCGGCAAUCAAAUUACCAUAAUUACUAUGAAUUUAUAUCAAACUCAAAAUGUCUUAUUACAUCACUAUAUGUUUAUUAAAAAAAAUGAUCUCUUUUCUGAUGCCAAUUACGGCUACCUUUGUAAAACUGGAAUCCAUUGUGGACGUUACAUUGUUUAUGACGUCACUAUUUGUGUCUGUAUAGAUUCGUUCACUUUGAUCGUAUAUUGUUGAAGCAACACGAAACCGUUUAGUGGACGAUCAAUAUUUUGAAUCAGAAUAUGCAUUUAUGAUCAGGGAAAAACUGGGAUUAGUCCCAUCUUCCCGCGGUCACCGACUCCACCCAACAUGCCCAAGACAAAACGGAAGCAACCUCAGCAGCAUGUAUGAUACCAUCUUCUACUGGUUAGCAUGCCUGGCAUGGUAGGGAAUGUAAAAGGUGUGCAAUCGUAUCAUCGACCUGAUCGCAGCAAUACAGGAGCUUCGAAUCAGAUCUGUAGAGUGCUUUAUUUCUUAUCUAAUUGUUUCCUUAUGUCAUUUAUGCGUAGUAAAUCGUUAGCUAUUCCAAUCUCAUCCGAAUGACGUUAGAAUGCAACAAAUUGUAACUAAAGAUAAAAUAUUGUUGUGCCUCUGUCAUUUUCAUGAAAGUGUAACAAAAAGAGGCCGUGUUACGGAAUAGUUGCUCAUCUUGCAAAGACGGGCUCUCUGUGGGAUUUUUGAAAAUCAGCAUUUUCAAGAUUCCUCGGGGAAACAAAUUUAAAAUAUUAUGUCUUAUCAGAUUGUUCGUGGUCAGAAAGAUGAUCGAAAACACCAAAUCGUCAGUAUGUUAUCACGGUUUGCUAUUGAGCAGUGCUGGUAAACAGCUCAUGUUUCGUCCUUUGGGGAUGUCCUGUACGCACCGAAGAAGAGAGAAAGGUGUGAAAGACAUGUUGCCUUCGGGAGAAAACACUCGGAAAUUGUAGCCUGGUCAGAUAUAAAAUUUAAUGAACCUUGAAGAAAUCCUCAGCAACACACAUCUCGGAUUAGAAUUGCACGGUUUUCGUGGUAACAGUGGUCAUUGAAAUAUAUAAAUUUAUCGAUCCGUACGUUUAUUUAUAAGCGGAUCUACAUGAAAUUGUCCUUAAACUGAGAGUUUGAUGACAUUUAAUAAGAUAUGUUUAUUGCCGAGACCACAUGUGAAUGACAUUUAAAAAGUAAAAAGAGUUUUUACUCUAGGGGAAAUAUGGACGGUAUUCCAUUGGCUGUGUUGACGUAGUGCUGGUGUAACCUUACCCGGGUAGAGCCGGGCGAGGGGAGUAUCGGGUAUCCGAUAACGCCUUCACUCGGCUUGAUCCCCGCAAGAAAGAAACUGCUGGCCAUGCAACGUCCAGCGAGGAGACAGACUUAGGAAGAUGUGACCUACAUUAAUGGCAAUCACUCAGUUCAUUGCUUGGUCAUACCCACGACUUUGACCGAUUGAGAGUUUUGUUUUCCAGGGGCGGUCCCUGACUUAUCUGAUUGUAUCUGAUUGGAUGAUCCUAGUAAUUUGAGAAGAUAUAAGGCAAUGUACAGUAUACGAUAAUUAUUCAUUAUAUUGAUGCUAUCUUGGAAUGGAACAAUAUCAUUGUGAUGUUAUCUUACUGCUACCUUGCUGAAUAAAAAUGUCCAUUCGCUUGAAAAUAUAAACAGAAAAAAUACAAUAAGGAUGCCUUAGAUACGUUGUGUAGGCUUACUCAAAAUCUUACGAAGUACUAUAUCUGAUCUUAAAAACAAAUACAAAGAUUUUGCAAGGUAUUUGUGCAGGUAUUGUAAAAAACAACGGACCUGCAAACGUUUUGUUUCUUUUAAAAAAUAAGAGCAAAAAAUCUGGCAGAAUCGCCAUCAUCUACGUUUAUCGCGGAAGAAUUUUGCCGUAAACAUUUCCAGGAACUUACGGGAAGUGAGACGUCUUUUAAUAACUAUUCCGUAUCACCAUACACGUAUUGCUUUACUCCUGUAACGCAAUACGAUGCAAUUCCUCAGACAUUCUUCUUAAAGACGUUUUUUUAAUGUCCACGUUCUCUGUUUGUUCCCUGCGCUUGUUAAUGAUAUCAUUAUAAUGGGUUCAUUCAGCAACAAUAUGAUUUCAAUAUUUCUUGACCAAAAAAUAUCGUUUGAAAAAUCCCUUUUCCUUUCAGGUUUGCAAACUGAUACCUUUAUGCGAGUGAUAUUCCAUAGGCAAGCUCGUACUCAUUAUAGUGUUUCAUUGCAAGCUUGUAUUCUUUAAAAUAUUUUAAAAAGAGAAAAUCGUACUUUAAAAUAUAUAUUAUAAUUCAAAUUAGAAGGUAACAUUCCGUUUAAGAGCCAAUGCGAUGGAUAUAGGGGGUUGCUUGGUACACGCGCCCAGUGCAAAAAACAGACGGAGAGAAGAAAAGAGGAUAUAAGGUGAGGAAGUAAAAUAUUAAGAAGAAAAAUAGAAAGAAAAAACUAAUGUGAUUUACAACUAAAAAAGACAGCUCCAAAUAUGAAAGGUCGAUCAUUAUUUGAGCAAUAUUAUAUUAUUUAUUAUUUUCUUGCAUUUAAACUUGAGCUUGAAUAUUUAUUUGGCGGUGAUGCUUUCCAUAUACAGGCCACUUGGUCCAUGCAUAUCACACCCUGUGAAUUAGGAGGCCGUUUCAUAAAGCUUAUCAUAGUCGUUCUUAAAGUCGCUCUUAAAUAACGAACAGCUUCACGAAACACUCACCAGGUGUGAGGGGCAAAAAAACGAGUUUAAGUUAUAUUUUCCAAGUAAAAUAGUGUUGUUUCGAUUGAUUGAUAGAAAGCUUAGUAUAAUUCCCUCUUGCAAUUAUUGCUAGAUAUUGCUUAAUACCGGUAUUAUACAAUUAUGAAGACUAAUUUUAAGACAGUUUUUAGGUCAUAGAGUUUUUCCUUGCCUAUUUGGUCAAAAAUGAAAUCGUUGAAAAUAUGUUUACUUUCCCCAAACUAAACAUCAAAUAGUUGUAUAUCGGGGAAGCGAUUUAAAAUGUAAAAUAAAGUUGAGAUACAUUGCCAACACUGAGAGUUCCUGUGUGCAUAUGCAUGUCUACAUGAUAUUGUAUGUGAUAUUUUAAUCAAAAUAAAUUAGUAAUACAUAUUAUAUGAGUAUUUUUGAUAUUUCAGUUGAUUUCUGAUAGAUUUCAUAAAAUAAGGAUAUACGCUUAGAUCCUUUUUGAUACCCUCAUUAUGUCGGCCUAUAAUAUAGCAUAAUCAGAUUAUCUGUUGUAAUCUGAUUCUCAAUUAAAUUUAUGCGACGAUAGGUCGAUGUAAUUUUUCCUUCAAGGAAGGAAAUAAUCCAAUUACGGAACGAUACUGACACUGAACCUAUUCUGUCGGGACUGAGUCGCUGAAUACAUUUACAGUAGAUCAGAUAAAUCUAUGAAAAAUAAUUCGUGUUCAUAAAAUCAUCUUUCUUGAUCACAAUUAUUGAUUCAGUAUUCGUAAAUGCGGGGCUUAAUGUUAAUCCAGAAUUAUUCAAGAAUCUGAAUGAAAUGAUUAUAUGGUUGAGAUUCAUAUCAACAUUAGCAUUCAUUUUUUCACAAUGAAUUUGUAUUCAUGAUAUAUUCAUUAAAGACCUGUAAUUUUUAUUGAAAACACGAAUAAAAUAUGUCUUG